AGCAUUUGAAAUCGGCGGCGGCAGGAAAUGGUUUCAUUGUCGACCACAGUAGUGCCAGCAGGUCCUCUCACUUGCGCGGCGAGGGAAUCCAUACGCGAGCGCGAAUUUGAUAUAAAUGUUUAGUUAACCACGUUUUUAUCAUGGUGGAGUGUUAAUGUGUGCAUAACGCAUUCAAUGGCAAUUACUUGUGAAAUAGUGCCCUUUACUUGUGUGAUGUGUUGUUCGGAGAGAAACAAAAACUGAGACACGUGGUUGUGAAUCGCUCCUAGAAGUACAGAAGAAAACCGAGGACUAUAUAAUGGUUGUCAUGGUAAGGCCCUUUGGAAUCCUUCACAUAUGCGGUAUCACAGCAGAGACGUCAGCAGAAAAUAUUGGCAAGAAAUUUGGAAUGAAGUGGGAGAAUCGUCAAAAUGUUAAAUGUAAAUGGCAGAAUUUGAGAGAUACGUACAGAAAGGAAUUCAAGAAGGAAACUGCACCCAGUUUGGCAGGUGCUUCUAACUCAACGAAAUGGAAAUAUUCAACGAUAAUGAGUUUUUUAAGAGACACCCUUUCUCCCAGUCACAUCGUAUCCAACACUACUGAAGACGACCAUUCGGUGUUCAUCCCCGUCUCUGUUGAUAUUUCCUCUCCUGCUUCACCAGGAUCUUCUUCCCAAACAUUCUCCCGGGCAGUCACUCCUCCUUCCAACGUCGCUCCCCCUACGUUGGCCUCCGCCCCUUACUCAGACGUAAAACUAGAGACAAUAAGUAAUGAGAGAAGAAAGAGGAGAUUGAAUGCAGGAGAAGAAGCAAUGAAAAAGCUUAUGCGAUUGGAAGAAGAAAGGAUGGAAGAAAUAAAGAGAAUGAGUUUAAGAAAGGAAGAACGUGAUGACGAGGACUACCAUUUUCUCAUGUCCCUUUUACCCCACAUGAGGAAUCUUCCUGGCAGACUGAAAUUGAAAACUCGCACUAAAAUGCAAAAUAUUUUACUAGAGGCGUUGGAUGAAUUAGAAACGGAUUAAUCGAAUUAGAGAUUGUUGAUGAAUUGCAUUGUCUUCCUGAUACAUUGUUGUGGUUUGUAAUUUAUAUUUUCUGAGUUGUUUUUUUUAUGAAUAAUGUAAUUUGCAAUAAAGUGAGUGCUAUGUUCA